AUGGACAUUGCCGCCCACUCCGAGCUGCUUCAUUCACGCUACGGCGCGUGUGUGCCUCUUGUCGGCCCCGCCCGUGCCUCACCGCGGGGCGGUACCAACGAGCAGAGGGGUGAUAUCGCCUACCUCUCCUCUGUCGAGACGCCGUCUGAGGUGUGUCUGGGCCUCGCUUGUGUGGCGCGGCGGCGCGGCGCAAGAGACACACUGCUCGUGUUUGUCCCCUUCGAUGAGCCGAGGAACGAGAUAUUUGUGGAAUUACCCCUCGUGGCCUUCAGGGACGCCGAGGACCCGGCGAGGCGGCGGGGCCUGCAACUCCUUCCCCUCAACGAGUACUCAUUCCUUUGUUGUCGUGUCAAAGAUGGGCUUCCGCCGCGCAAAGGUCUGUUCGUCACUUUCCGCUCUAGCGCCGCACAAAAGCGUUUUCAAAAUGCGUUUCGGCAGGCGGUUUGCGACGGUGCCAUGGAUGACUCGCGCCAAGGCUGUGGUAUUCCCCAAAACAUUACAGUGGGCAACGAGGCGGUAAAUGAGAAUUAUACCGAGGUGGUGGCGACACGGGGGGGCACCAAGCUCAUGUCACCGUCCAAUGGAGAGCGGGUAUAUGAAACUGCGUCGUUUAUCGAUGGACUUCUCGCGGAGCGCGACCGGCGGCGGGAGGCAUACCUGACAGACACUCGUAGCCAGCCGCCAACGGAUGGGCGGCAGAGCGGCGAUACGGGAUUUAGUGCCUGGGCACGGCAGCAUCAGGCAUCGUACCCCAAGACGUGGAAUAUGCUCGCUGGUGCGGCGGAGCGUCAGGUGGAGAUGGAAAGGCGCGCACAACACCGCGAUGGGAGUAGGGCCGGGUGGCCCUCCUCUACCAGUGGAGUCUCUCGGGAGCAGCUUCACCCGCCCACGCUUGAGGGGCGGGUGGCUCGUCUUGAUGAAAUGCGCGCUGCGAUGGAAGUCUUUGACAGCAUGAACGAGGCGCAGGGGUGUGGUGAAAUGAGUCUUAUGGGGGCAGCUCGUGAGUUUCUUCGCCAGCACCAGGACAACCUUUGUCGACUUGAACAGGGAGGUGGUGCAAUGUGGCCAUCGCAGCCGCCGGCUAAUGACAAUCGUGAUGACGUUCCGUUACCCUCUGGGGACGCAACGCAGCAGCAUUCAGUAAAGCUACCACUAGAGGGUGCACAAGAAUCAGGGGUGGCAGCGUCACUUGCGCAGCAAGUGCGAUAUGAUGGUUUACGGCUGCAACAACCACAACUAGAGAAGCCACGAGAAGAUUAUUAUCAUUAUCAGCAGCAAAGACAAAAUCCAGCGCCAGAGAUGACGGCAAUGCCGCAACCCAACGCAGGUGCCGCUGCGCCGUCGAGAGGAUCUGAAUCAUUGGGGUCAGGAAAAGGCGCUGUAGAUCCUCUCUUUUUACCUCAUGGUUCGCAAAGGAAGAUACAGGAAGAUCUGCGGCGCGCACGCGAAACAGAGUCACGCAUCUUGACUGCGCUUCAAAAGGCGCCGUCGAAGUCAACAUCUGCCAAGAGCAUGUUUGGCAGUACCCCAGGGACANCUUUGCUUCGCCCUUCGCCAUCAGACGUGGGAGCGGGAACGGGUAUAGGAACGGAAGGAGGAGGAGGUGAUAUCGCCAUGCCUUCUCUCGAAGCGACCGACACGACGGUGCCGUUGGUGGCACCACCAAUACAUAUCGAAGAUGUGGUCAGCGAACCUGCGAAAGAGUCGCCAAAGACCACCAAAGAGGAGACGCCACGUUGUGGAAGCGGGUGGAAUGCAGUACGGGACCCCUCCAGCGGCAAGUAUUACUACGUCCAUACUGCGACAAAAAGGACGACAUGGAAGGUAGAAGAGACAUUUGAAGGUGAAGAACAUCAUCAUCAUAAGCCGCAGCAGGAGAAGGAGAAGGAGCAAGGAAAAGCGGUGAAUGAGGCACCAAAGUGUGGCCCUGGGUGGCGUGCGGUAACAGACCCGCGCACCGGUCGCACAUACUACGUGAACAAGUCGACCAAUGCGACGACAUGGAAACUAGGAGAAACUCUGGGGGUGGAGGGAGGCGGUACCUCAGUCGCGGACACGGAGUCCUCGCAGAAGCAGAAUGUGACAAAAAAGGCCGAGUGGGCCGAGCGCAAGGAUCCCGCAACGGGAAAAGUGUACUAUUACAACAAGAAGACAAAGCAAACGACGUGGAAGCGGUCGGAAACCGACCUGGAGCCUGCGUGA